AUGGAGGUCGACUACGUUACCAAGGUGCCGUCCGUUGAGCUGCCAGAUGGAAUGUUUCUGCACUCCGCUGCUUCUCGCCCGGAUCUGACCGACAUCAUCUUCGACAUGAACCACCCUUUGAUUAAGAUCUGGCCAAAGUUUAUUCUCAUGGCCGAUUCGAACGCGGACUGGGGGCCUAUCGUAUACAAGACACCGUACCUUGCUCAAUUCCAGCUGUUUCUGGUGAAGAAGGCACCCACCGGCGAGGAGUGUGUGGUGGCUCGAGCCGAUUCUUUGCCCUUGUAUUGUGCGCGAAACCCCUGCAAACAAGGCCAGCAUAACCUCAAUAUACCAGGGACCGAGGGCGCUUUGGCUGGAGACCUGUGUGAGGCCUACGACCUCCCGACUGGCUCGGAGGCCGUCGUGGGUCAAUCGGUCUUGCAGUACUACACAAGACAGGGGUGGCCUCUACCCUUUGAGGACCCAGAGCUCUGUAAUUCCGCCGGCGCGGUCACCACUGCAAAUCCCAAUGUACUCUCAGCGCUGCAAGUGGCUGUGGACCCUGAAUACAGGGGUCUCGGGAUGGCCGAAAUCAUGAUUCAGGCAAUGAAGGCCUUGGCCAAACAGGAAGGGCUGGAUGCAUUGGUCGUUCCCUUGCGACCCACACGAAAAGCGCAAUACCCAGAGGUCGAUUUUGCAGAAUACUUACGAUGGGGGGUCGAUCGGAACGGCCACACUGAGCCCUUUGACCCCUGGCUGAGAAAACAUGUGCGCCUGGGUGGGAGACCGCUGAGAAUUGCAAACCCGAGCAUGUCCGUGAGAGCCAAGGGGGCAGUGUGGCGUGAAUGGACGGGCCUGAAUCUUGCAGCCAUCGCAGCGGAGACUUCCUGUCAGAAACACAGUGGCGGCCGUGAGUACGUGGAGGUCCCGAUUGCCGGGGGACUCGUGCCUCUGAGGUACUAUCCGGAGGAAGAUCAGGGUAUCUACGACGAGCCAAAUGUGUGGCUCAUCCACUCCUUGAUCUAA